AUGUUUUUUUCCAUAAUUAAUAAAAUUAUAGUUCUAGGAAUAUUAAUUUUAAUUGUUCCUACUUAUGGCAAUCCAAACACGCAUUUGAAAACUAGAAAUUCUAAAGUAAACUCAGAAAAUACGCCGUUUAAGGAUUUUGUUGUCGAGUAUGAAGGUAUCUUUGCUUAUAUUUUGAAAGAAGAUUAUCAAGAAGAUAAUGCGUGUGAAAAAAAAAUUAAUGAAUAUUGUAAAGAAUUGAGAGAUAUAGAUACAGAAUUAAAUAAAGUUUAUAUUAAAGUUAAAGAAAUUUGUGAUAAUAUAAAACAAAAAUGCGAAAACAUAAAAGCAAAGAUUCAAAAAAAAGUAGGUCAAAUUGGGACUUUAAUCGAUGAUUUGGCGAAAAAAAUCCCCUUUUAUAGAGAAUGCGAACAAUAUUAUCAAGAAUGUAUGUUUUUUGAACCUACAAAAGAUGAGGCGGUCAUAAGUUCCUGCAUUUUCCUUAGAGAUAACUGUUAUUUAUACAAGCAAAAACAGAUAAGAAAUGAAGUUGUUCUUAGAGCUCUUGGCGCUGAUAUUAUUAAAUCCGAAGAUUUCGAGGGAAAAAAGCGGGAAAUUUGUCCAAUAUUGACUAGACAGGGUGAUGAUCUAGUCUCAUUAUGCCUUGAAGAUAUUUUAUUUGAAGAUUUCAAUAAAGAUAUUGAUAGUUUUUGCGGUUCUUUAACUUUUUUCAAUAUUAAUACUAGAAAAGAAGAAGUAUGUCAUGAAAAACUCGGAGUAUAUCCUCUUCUCAAAGAGAGAUGUGAAAAGAUAAACAACAAAUUUAAGGGACUAUGUGAGGGAAAGAAUAUUACAUAUAGGCCUCCAGUUAAAGAUUUUAAUCCAAUUGAUCCUGAAAUGACAUUGUUAGAGAAGAUUGAUCUAGAAAAUCUUUAUAAAGAAGGAAGAAAUAGAGGACUAAUUCUUGGAGCUUUAGAAAAAACGUUGGAUGACAUGUUAAUCCGUUUAUCUUCGAGUACUAAACCUGAUGUUAUGGAAAACAAUUGCAAGAACGUAUUAGAAAAAAAGUGUGGUUAUCUUAAAACUAUAAGCUCUGAAUUUAAAGAAUUAUGUGAAAAAAAUAAAAUAGGAGAAAAAUGUAAAGAUAUAUUAGAUUUAACUGAUAAAUGUAAAAAGCUUAGAAUAAGACUUUAUCUAGAUGGAACUUCUACAGAAUUUAAAGAUAUAAAGUCGAAACAUUUAUCUUACGAUAAGCUUUCAACAUUAUUUAACGAGAAUGAAUGUUUACAGGUUAUCUCGGAAUGUACGUAUAUUAAAGGAUCAUGCGAAUCUGAUACGAAUUACGAAUGCCAAAAUCUAAGAUUGGCAUGUUAUAAAAAGAAAGAAGAUCAACUAUUCAUUAAAUUAAUUGGAAGUGAGUUGUACAAACUUAAUAAAUUAGAAUCGAAUGAUGAAAAGUUUAACAAAUGCCAAAGAAUAGUAUUGGAAAAGUGCGCUACACUUAAUAAUAAUAAUAUUGAGAUUUUUAUGAGAUGCCUUCGGCCAAAGGAGAUAUGUCUUAGAUUUGAAAAAAUUAUUUCGUCUCAAUUGAAAGAUCUAGAACAAGUUUUGAAUGAAGUACGGGAUUCUCCUAAAGAAAAGGACUGCAUUAAAUUGAAAGAGGAUUGUGAAGGUAUUUUGAAAGAUUUAGGUUUAAAUAAUGGGAAAUGCGUUACAUUGAAAGAGCGAUGUGAAUAUUUUAAAGUUACAAGAGAACUGAAAUAUGCGUUUUUGAAAGAAAAAAGUGAUGCAUUAGCGGAUAAUGAAAAAUGCAUGAAAGCCUUGAAGGAUAAAUGUGAUAAAUUACCUAAAGUGAUGGGGGGGGGGGGUUAUAUCAUGUUUCAUGCGCUUUACCAGAAGAAACAUAACCUGGAAAAACAUGAAAUUGUGAAUAAAACUAAAAACGUAAAUAAAACAUUGGUUGAAGAAACCUGCGUACUAUGGGAUCCAUAUUGUGAUCAACUUAUGGAGAAUUGUCCAGAGACAUUAAAAAAUGAUUCCAGUAGCGCUGAUGGGAAAGGAGUCUGUUUACAACUGAAAGAGAACUGCGAGCCAUUCUGGAAGAAAAAACAAUUGGAGGAUGGGCUGACUCAUGAGUUGAAAGGCAGUUUAAACAAGAAAGAUGAAUGUAAAGUAGCAUUAGGAGAGCGUUGCGCUAGGUGGAAAGAUGCAUCAAAUCAAACAUUCAAUGAUCUGCUUGGUAAUUGUAAUGAUACUACUAAGGGAGAUGUCUGCGAAAAAUUAGUUGAAAAAGUACAGAAGAGAUGUCAAACUUUAAAAGACAAUUUAGAAAAAGUGAAAAAAGAGUUGACAGAGAAAAAAAAUGACUACAUUAAGGCCAAAGAUGCGGCAGAAAAAUCUAUGGAGGUAGCUAAGUUAUUGCUAUCGAUGCCUCGACAAACUGUAACGCCAAGUGCGCAAAAUAGCAAUGUUUCUACGCCAGUGCCACCACCACCAGAAUCAGGGCCAUCAUCAGGAUCUCCAUCAUCACCAGAAAGGCCACUACAACCACUAAAAGUAGAGCUACCAUCAUCAUUAGGUGGAACAUCAGAUACAUCAAGUGAAAAGCAAAGCACACCAGAUGAAACGCAAGGCACAACAGGUAAAACGACGAAGUAUGCAAAACUUGGACUCGUUAAAAGAGAAUAUGUAGCUGAAGGAAUACCAGAAGCAGAGGUAAAAGCAUUUAAUGAGACAGCAAUAGCAUUGGAGUUGUAUUUGGAAUUGAAAGAGGAAUGUAAACCUUUACAACUAGAUUGCGGUUUUAGAAAGGAUUGUCCGCAAUUAAGAGUUUGCGAAGAAAUAGACAUAUUAUGCGAACUGGAACCAUUAAAAGUUGCGCCUCAUCGUACAGAGAGAAUAGAAGUUACGAUGACGGAAACAAAGACCAUUGAGAAGACCACUGAGACAAUCACUGAGAAGACCAGUACGGAGACUAUUACGAUAACCGAGUCAGUAACUAGAGAAAAAGUAACAGAACCGUGUACAGUGGUACAGACAACGGAUAUAUGGGUAACACGUACGUCAUUGCAUACGAGUACGAUAACGAGCACGUCGAUGGUGAUGUCAACAGUGACAUCAACAGUGACGUUGACCUCGAUGCAAAAGUGCAAACCUACAAAAUGUACUACUGAUUCAAACAAAGAGACACAAAAAGAAGAAGAAGAAGUGAAACCGAAUGAUGGGAUGAAAAUAAGAGUCCCUGAUAUGAUUAAAAUAAUGUUGUUGGGAGUGAUUGUUAUGGGAAUGAUGUAAAAUGAAUGAAAAAAAUGUUAAUAGAUUGAAAAUGUGCAUAUAUCCAU